CCCUGAGUCAGGAGAAGUGAGUGCCACUGGGGAUGACAGUUGCUUCAGGCAACCCUGGGGAGGACAGGGUUGGGGGUAAAAAUCACCGGACAGGGCCUGAGCUGGGAAGGGAAUGGAGGGCUCCCGUGGUGCCGAGUGUGAUAGGGCGUCUGAAACCUCGUCCUUCAUAGAAGAUGAAGAAGAAGAGGAAGAAGAGGAGGAGGAGGAAGAAGAAGAAGAGGAGGAGGAGGAGGAGGAGGAGGCUGUGGACCCAGAGGAAGCAGAGGAACUGACUAACAGUUUAAAAGAUCUUAUCCAAAGUGAAGAUGUGAAACCCAAGCUUCAGUACAUCAUGACUAACCCCUCCUUUUCUAUGGUAACAUGUCAAAGUGAAGACAGUGGAAUAACCUGGGAGACCAGCUCGAGCAGAUGUUCUACUCCCUGGACCUCAGAAACUAGUACCACUUCUGAUCUUUACAGUAUGGAAAGUUCACCAGUAGGUUCUCCUCCAGGAAAAGUUAUCUUUGUUAUGGAUGAAGGUAAAAUUGUUCGGAAAAGGACACGAAAAUCUUCAAACAGGGUGCCGAUGGCUACAAGCCGGAAGGGAGGCCAGAGCAAUAAAAAACGUGACUCAUCUGGAAUGCAGAGGCAAGAACCAAGAACUGUUCUAGGAGAUCUGCAGGCCUCUGUGUUGAAUGUUGAGCAGGUAGAAGUGCAAGACACAGAUGAAGAAAUGCUGGACAACAAAGGGGAUCUAGAGAACAUCACAGAAGAGCCGGUAAAACGUGCUCCUAUAAGAUCAAUAUUUAGGGAGAGCAGACUGAGAAAAGUUGGUCCGAUCCUCGGAGGACCAGUACAAGCUAGAAUCCAGCUGUUCAACUCAAUUUUUGGAGGGAGUGGUCCACUCCCUGAAACAUCGGAGAAAACCAGAAUACGGAGAAGUAGCUCAGUUUCAGGAGACUCUGAACAGUUCCUUGAAACAUCAGUAAAAGAAAGAUUGCAGAAGUUCAGUUCACACUUAGAAGCAACACGUCCAAAAUCUUUUCAGGGAGCAAGAAGUAGAAUUCUCGAAACACCAUCAGAGAGAAGAAGGAAGCAAAGAGAGCAACUCAUAGGACACACAAAUCAAAGCUUUUCUUCACCAACAUCACCUCUUGAAAAACAUCUUACUAAGAAAGAUGAAGUUUCAUCUGAAAAUAUUCAGCCUAUUAAAAUGAAAGAAGGAACUUUUCAACAUGAGGAAAGAAAAGACAGACAAUCUCUUCUGGAGAGUGCAAAUCAGAUACCAGGACAUUCCCUGAAGUCCUUCCCUCCUAAAGAAGCCAGGAAUCAGCUAAGUCAUUCACCUGUGGCCAAAACAUCAGUUACAGAGCCAACAAUCUCCAGGUCAUUAGAGUCUGAUGAGAAACAAGUACCACUUCCCUCAGCUGAAAAUACAGACCAAUCCAUGCUGACAGCAUCAGGUCAUCUGGAUGAACCAAAAAAGCAGGAAUUUCAGCCCAAUUCUGCAGAUAGAAAUACUCAGCAUAUUUUGCCUACAGUAUCCAUGUCAGAACAUCUUGAGAGGGAAGGACAGAAGCCUUACUUACCUAGUGCUCCAUCAGCUAAAUCCAAAUAUUCCACUCUAACUGAAACAGGACAGGAAGAUACUAUUCCUCAGUCAUCAGAAACUGCACAGUCUGAGUCUGAAAAUGUGCUUUUACCAUAUUCUGGAGGUGAAACAGAGAAGCAAGAAAUUAAGUGUCCCUUAUCAACAACUGCACUGUCAGAAUCUGAGAGUUCGAGUCUAAUGCAUUCUGCUGAAAGAAAAGAGGGUCAAGAGACCCCUCUCUCAGAAACUCAAAAUAUUCAUCUGGAGAACCAAACAAAGUCCGAACAAGACUUUUCCUCAUCCCUUCAGGAAACAGAUGAGCAGGCAAUUAAACUAAAUCCACCAAUUCCAGAAAAUAUAGAUUCUAAAUAUUUUGGCAUUUCAUAUCCUGUUAAUACAGGAACAGAAGAAACUCAGAAAAAUUCAGCUAUAGAUAAAGCAGUAGAUUUCGGUCAGUCUGAUUUUUCCAUUGAAAAAACCAAACCAGCAGAAAGUGCACAAAUGGAGAUGGAACACCUAGAUUUCUCAUAUUCCAGCAAAGAAAUUGGGGAACCAGAGACAACACAGAUGGAGACAGAGCAUCUAGACUUCUCUUCUUCCAAGGGAAAAAUAAAGGAAUUGGAGGGUGCACAGCUGGAGAUGGAGCAUCCAGACUUUUCUUUUUCCAGGGAAGAAAUGGAGGAACCAGCAAGUGGACAGCUGGAGACAGAACAUCCAGAUUUCUUAUAUUCCAGGGGAGACACAGAGGAAUCAGAGUGUGCAGUACUGGAAACAGAAUAUCCAGAAUUGCUUUUUUCCACAAAAGAAGCAAAGAAAUCAGGGAGUUCACAACUGGAGACAAAACAUCAAGAAUUUUUUUUCAAGGAUGAAUCAAAAAAAUCAGAGAGUGCACAGCUGGAGAUGGAGCAUCUAGACUUUUCUUUUUCCAGGGAAGAAAUGGAGAAACCAGCAAGCACACAGCUGGAGACAGAACAUCCAGAUUCAUCAUAUUUCACAGAAGAAAUGGAGGAAUCAGAGAGUGCACAGUUACAGAGGGAACAUCCAGACUCUUCUUUUUCCAGGGAAGAAAUGGAGAAAUUGGAGAGUGCACAACUGGAAACAGAGCACCCAGAUUUAUCAUAUUGCACAGAAGAAAUGGUGGAAUCAGAGAGUGCACAGCUCAACAUGGGUGAUCCAGACUCUUCUUUAACUGAGGAAGUAGUGGAGGAAUCAGAAAGUACACAGCUGGAAAUGGAACAUCAGGAAUUUUUAAUUUCCAGGCAAGAAACAGAAAAACAAACAUCUGAUCACUUUGAUCUGGAACAGCCAGAAUCUUAUUUCCCUGAAGAAGGAGAAUAUGAAGAAAAAGAAGAGCUUGCUCUGCUACCUUCAGAUUUAUCAUGUUUGAUGAAGGAAGUGGAGAAAGAAAACACUACAGCACUCCAGUUGGUACAUGCAGAUAUAAUUGAUUCCACCGGAAGAGCUGAGAAAGAGCAAACUGAGUAUCUGGAAACAGCACCUUCAGAUUUACCAUAUCCCAUGAAUAAAACAAAGCAGAAAGAAUUGUUGCAAGCAGAUCCAGACAAUUCUCUUGAUGCAUAUUUUAGUGACAAAGGAAAACCACAGCCUGUACAGCAGGAUUCUCAACAUGGAGGUAAACUGGAUUCCAGUGACAAGGGAGUGCAAGGAGAAACUACUCAGUUUCAGCCAGAGCAUCCAAUUUGGUCGUAUCCCACUGGAAAAGAAGAACAACAUAAAACCUCACAACUGAGGGCAGAACAGCCAGAAACAACAUACUCUCCUGGCAAAAGAGAACAGCAACAUAAAACCUCACAACUGAGGGCAGAACAGCCAGAAACAACAUACUCUCCUGGCAAAACAGAACAGCAUCAAGUAUUACAACCAAAGAUGGAACAAUCAGAUUCUUCUUACUCCCAGGGAGAAACAGCACAGGAAGCUGUACGAAGAAACUUAGAGGGUCCAGAGCCAACAUGUUUCAUUAGUGAAGCAGAGCAACAUGAAAAUGUAGAACUAGUUUCGGAAAACAGGGAUUUCUCAUUUAUCGCUGGAAAAGUAAUGCAAAAAGGAUUGGAGUCAGGCUUUCUGGAGUCACAUUUGACUGACACAGUAAAGCCCUGGGAAAUGACACAUAUGGAGCAGGAACAGCCUUUUCCCUCCUUUUCCACUGCUAGUACUCAACAACAAGAAACACCACCACUGAAUGUGUCUAAGCAAGACGUAUCAUGUUCUGUUGGCAGAAUGGAAAAAAAAGAUACAGUACAAAGACAGCUGAAACAGCAGGAAAGAGAUGAACAGGAAGCUGUGCUAAUGGAAACAGAGCAUUCAGAUUUGUCAGAAAAUUGGGGUAAAGAGAUGACACAGGUCAUAGACCAAAGUAAUUUGGCACAGCAAGAAAUAGCUCAAGCAGGGCUAGUGCAUCCAUCUUUGCCGUAUUCUUUCAGUAAACAAAUGCAAGAAGAAAUGCAAACAGAGCCAGCAUAUCCAGAACAAACAUCUUAUGUAAGUAUAGAAACACAGGAGGAAACAAUGCAACGAAAAUCAGAACAACCAUUUCUUUCCUGUUUUAUUGGAAAAACAGAACAACAAGAAAUAGUACAUCCAGAGCUGGAACAAAUGUUUUUGCCAUCUUCCAGUGGAAAAGAAGCUCCAAUGGAAAUGGAAAUGAGUUCAGAAUAUCCAGAUUUGUCAUAUUCUUUUUAUGAAACUGAAGGAGAAAAAAAAUUGAAAAAUCCAACCUUACCAGUUCAUUCAAAGCAUCAAGAAGCUGAAGCAGUAGUGAUGGAACAUCCAGAUUUUUCAUGUGACAGUGGUGAGCCAAAACCAGGCAGCACUGUAGAGCAGGAGUCAGGGCAUCCAGAGCUCUCAUACUCCAAGGGAGAAAUACAGCAACAAUCAGAACAUCUGGAUUCACCAGGAACCCUGGGCAAAGCAGCGCAAGAUGCAAGUAUGGAAGUAGAAUCUCACUGCCCAAAUCUCCUAUGUUCUGAUGUCCAAAGAAAUCAGCAAGAAACUUCACAGCUGGAUUCAAAAUAUUCAAGCAAAGAACAAGAAACUCAAAAGUUUGAUUCUAAACAUCAAGAAUUGCCUAAAGUGGCCAAAAAAAGAGUUUCUCCAGCAACUGCACAAAUAGAGUUGAAACAUCCAGAAACUGCACCAUGGGAAAUGAAGCAUCCUGAUUUGUUACAUUCCACUGAUGAGACAAACCAGCAAGAAGCAGCACCAUUGGAUCAGAAACACAGAAAACUUUCUGUUGGCAGAGAAAAGCAGCAGCAAGCCACAAAGCAACAGUUAGAACAAGAAAAGUUAUCACAUACUCCUGGUAAAAUGGAGCAUUUCAAACAUGGCCAAGAGGGCUUGGAACAACCAGAUUUAUCAUUUUCCAUCGAUAGGCCAGAUGAUGAAAUGAUGCCACCAGAGACAGAGCACACUGAAGUGAUAUCUCCUCUGUACAACACGGAGGUGCAACGAAGAGUACGACAAGAAAUUGAUCAAAUUUACCCCUUUGGAAAUGCGGAACACAAAAUGGUUCAGCCAGAAGUGGAAAUUUCACAUUUGUCCCCUUCUGAAUGUUCAACAGAAACAAAAAUGGCAGAACCAGGGCAGGGGCAGCCUGACUUGCUUUACUCUGUUUUCAAAGUAGAGGGGCUGCAAACACUACAGCUGAAAUCUGAGCACCCUAGUCUACCAUGUUCCAUUGACAAAGUGCAGGAAAUGAUCCAGCCAGGGUUGGAAGAGCCAGGUGCAUUGUAUGAUCAUGACAAAACGGAGCAAAUUCCACCUUCACAGCUGGAGCUGGGCCACCCAGACUUGGCAUCCCUAGCAGCUGAAGUGGGACAAGAAGGGGUAGAGCACACAGCUGUGGAAUGCCCUAAUGAGGGACAGUCCGCCAGCAGAGCAGAGCAUCCACAAGCUGCCAAAGAGAGACAGGGAACUCUGGAUUCAUCAUCUCAUAGUGGAAAAGUGGAGCAAAGAGAAAUGGUGAAAACAGACCCAAAUCAUCCUGAUUUAUCAUAUUCCUUUGCUAAAGCAAAACCUCAAGAAACUACACAACUGGCAUCAGGAAAACCAGUUCUAUUAUCCUGGCCUGGUAAAACAGAGCAAGGACAGACUGCUCAAGAGGAGAAGCCACACUUCUUGCAUUCUUACAAAAAAGCUGCACAAGGUGAGAAAGUACAGACAGAAUUGAGACAUCUAGAGUUAUCUCAUUCUGUUAGUGAGAUAGAACAAGAAACUUUAAAUGCAAAAUCAAACCAUUCAGAUUUAUCUGCUGGCAGAUUAGAAGACCAUGAAAUCAUACAGCCAGAGGAAGAAAUAAUGGAUUUAUCAUGUUCGAUUGGUGGAACACAGCAAACUCAAAUGGCUGAAGAGGAUUUGGAGUAUCCAGACUUAUUACAUUCCACUGACACAGAACAGCAAGAGAAGAUUCAGCCAGAGCAGGAACAAAUGGGUGAUUUUUCAUCAUCUUUCAGCAAAGAAGAACAAUGCGAAGAUGCAGGAAUGCAGGCAAAACACCCUGAGUUUCAGUGCUCUAUGGAGAAAAGAGAAGGACAGCAAAAUUCCCAAGCAAAAUCAGAAUAUGCAGAUUUGUCCUUCUCUGUUGGCACAGCAGAACCUCAUAAAACAACACAGCCAGAGUUGAAAGAACAGAGUUUGUUGUAUCCUUUUUUACAAACAAAACCAUCACAGGCUGGCUUACCAGAGUCUGAACAUUCAGAUGUCUUGGAUGACAUGAGCAAAGUACUGUGCACAAAUUUGUCCCCGUCUAUUAGUGAGGGAAAACAAAGUGCACAGCUGGAGGUCAAGCAGGAGAGGAGAAGUUAUACAUUACAUCCAGAGGAAACAGUACAACUAAAAUUGGAACAACCAAUGUUUUCAAGUCCUCAUGUCACAGAAGAGGAAUCAACUAUAUCCCCACUGGAAGGGGAAUUUCCAGACUUCUAUUCCUCUGAUAAAACAGAAAAACAGGACACUGCACAAGCAGGAUUCAUACCUUCUGUUAUUUCACAUUACACCAGAAAAUCACAGCAGUUGCAACCAGAAGAACCAAAGUCAAAACAUCCAGAUUUGUCAUGCUCUCUUGGCAAAGCAGAGACUUGUGGAAUGAAGCCACCAGAUUCAUGGUACUCCUACAGUGAGUCAGAGCAACCACAGACUGCCCAGCUGGAGCAUCCAGAGAUACCAUAUUUCAUGGGUGAAAUAAAGCAGAGGGAUGGGGCCCAACCUGAACUACCAUGUAUUAAUUUGCAGUACUCUGAUGUUGAAACUCAACCAGAAGCACCUGCUGUAUCAUAUACCUUUGUCAGGACUGAGGAGCAGGGAACUGCACAACCAGACUUCAAACUAUCAGAUUUAAAUCCUACUGACAAAGCAGAAAAGUGUGAAAUGGCCCUGCUGAGAGCAGGACAUUCUGAGAAGCAAGACACUGGGGCUACUUCAUCUCUAACUACUCAGCUGGAAACUGAACAACAAGAUUUAUCAUUUUCCACUGAGGAAGCAAAGAGAAAAAAAAGUCAAUCUUAUUCAUCUCUUACUGAAAAAACAGCGUCUGUACCUUUGGGUGCCUCACAUGCUGUUUCUGAAACAAACAAAGAAGGAAGCCCUAAGUCCUCAUCUGUAACUGGAGGCCUGUCACCCAAACAUUUAGAUUUGUCUUACUCUUGCUGUAAAGCAGAGCAUUCAGAAACUGCCCAGCCUGAGUCAGGGUCCUUUUUUCCGAGAAAAGAGGCAGAGAAUACAAAAAGUCUUCUACAUUUGCCUGUGGCUGCAAAGUCAGAGGCUGAACAUAAAAUUUUACCUGAAGCAGAGAGAGAACCAACUCCACAUUACUUCCACACAGCUACACAAUUAGAAUCUGAACAAUCAAAUUUAUCACAUUCUACAGAUAGAGCAGAAACUCUAGAAAGUCAGGAUUACUUGACUGUACCUUCAAAAUUGGAUUCUGAACCUUCAGUUUCAUUUUAUUCAGGUGAUGAAACAUGUCAGAAAGAAAUUCUACCUUAUUCAAAACCAGACUCUGAAUAUUUGGUUCCCACAUGGUCCCUUGCUGAACAAGAGAAGCAAAGUAUGGAGCCACUUAUUGCUCAGCCUGUGCAAUCAGAGUGUAAACAUGUAAUUCCACCACAUGAUGAAAAACAAUUGCAAAAAAUUCAGCACAGUUUGCCUGAAACAGCAAGCUUGAAGACAGUGCAGUUAGAGAGUAUGUCUCCAGUGCACACAGAAGAUCAAGACAACCCAGAAUCUUGUUUGCUGGACACAAAAUAUUUGUCACCAGAGCAGCUAAGAAGCUCCCCUAAAUUCACUGGUGAGCAAGAUGAGCAAGAAAUGCAACCUGAUGUGCAGACAGUGCCAAGGUCAGUCAGAGUCGGCCACAGGUCUGCCACAGAGUCAGAGGUGACUGCUGUAGCAGACCAGCAAGCAGAGUCAGAGUCAUUUGUACUUUUUCAUAUGUUACCUGGAAAGUCAGAACCUGUAAGGUCAGUAUCAGUGGCUUUUACUGAUGAUGAAGAGAAACAAAAUAUUCCAUCAUCUGUUUUUGAUGUAGCAGGCAUGCCUAGAAAGCAAUCUAACAUAGUUUCAUGUGUUUAUACUGAAGGAGAGCACAGACGUGAAUUGCAACAAUGUUUUGAAGACCAAAAGCAUACAACCUUGGAGCAUCCGGAAGUUAUUUCAUCAGAUCUUCUUUGUGAAACUGUGAAACACAAAAAUCAGCAUUAUUCUGGUGAAAAGGACAGGCUUUCUUCAGCAGAGAUGCAGUCUGCUGGCUCUAGUUCUGAUGAAAAGCAGAACCCAGAUAUUCCAUCUUUUGGGCUAGCUAGCUGGCUGGUAGAAGAGGUGAAAGCUUGCUCAAUUAGUCUGCUAAGGGCUGGAGAUGUAGACAGGCAAGGAAUUCAAUUGUCUCCAGAUGAAGCUUCUGAUUUUGGGUCAAAACAAUUCCCAGCUGAAAGUUGCACAGAACUUACAGUUGAUGAGACUAUAGAGAAAAAGGGACAUACAUUUAGAGUUUCUGAAUCAGUGUCAAAUGAAUUUUCUCACAGGAAGUCCUCAGACACUAGUCCUGGAACACAAAGGUAUGAUUUACCAUCUCAGGUAGGAGAUAAUCAAGGUCCAGAUAACAUUAUGGAGUAUGAAACUAGUACUGUAAAACCUACAAAAGUGGAAGUAAUGCAACAUCUGGAGAUAGGCAAAGUGUCUGAAGUGCCUGAACAUUACCAGAGAGGAGAAGAGGAAGAAGUGGAACAUGCAAGUGCUGCAGCAGACAGUCAGUGUGUUCUGGAGACUACUGAACAGAAAGAUCUAUUUAAUAUAAUUUCAGAAGGUUAUGAAAUACUCAAUAUUCAUGCUCCUACACAUGUUUCUUCUGUUGAUCAAGAAGAAAGUAAACAGAUGCCAGAUAAAUUAGAAUACUUGGAAACAAAUCCUUCGUUUAAAAGAAAAUUAGCUGAUGAUGACCACAGAGCCCUAGCUUCUGGAAGAACCACAAAGAUUUCAGAAGGCUCAGUGUGUGGAAAGACUGCAAGAGAUGAAAUACCAGAAUUGGUCAAAAAAGAUAAUGUUGAGGAAACCGGAGAAACACAACAAGAAAAUCCCUUUUUGCCAGAGAACAGUAAUUAUGCAGUGUUGGAUCCUAAUAAUGGUACAGCUGAUAUGGAUUAUUUUGAAAAAUAUACAUUGAUUGAUGACAAAUCCCCAAUUAAGCCACAUUUUGAAAGACCAAUUUCAUUGUCUCCUGUGACAGAAGAUCCCAAUGAACCUGUCGAAGAAGGCAAAUCUUUUAAAGAAAGCACUGAGGUAGAUACUUUGGAAGAGUUUUCCUUACUUGAGGAUUUGGAUGAAGUCUUUUAUGGUACCAUGAAAGGAGAAAGCAAAAUGCAGUCCUAUGCAGAUGCAUCAAAACCUUUACCUCUGCAGAAAUCAAUUGAUUCUAGCAGUAAAAGCAUUACAAACAUAGAAGAUGAACGGAAGUCACCAGGGACCCCACUCUUUGACUCAGAAGAAGGAGUGCUAGAACGAUCUCUCUUGUUCCCUACCACUGUUGCUGCAAUUAAUCCAGAGCUUCUAGAGGAGCCACCUGCUCUAUCAUUUUUAUACAAGGACCUCUAUGCAGAAGCAGUAGGAGAAAAGACAAAAGAUGAGGCUCCCUCUGAUGAGGAAAGUGGUAAUUCUAAUGCAUCUUUCCCUAGUAGGAAUUCAGACACGGAUGAUGGAACUGGAAUGUAUUUUGAAAAAUAUAUUCUUAAAGAUGAAAUUCCAAAUAAGGCCAUAGGGCCUCAAAAAGAUCAGACACCAGAGGAUGAGUCCUUCAGUGGAGGAAUUUUGAGCUGGAAUUCAGAGAACAAGCAGCAGGAGGGAUCUGGUUACGUUCAAUGUGUCAAAACUGAGGUUCUGCCAGAAAUGGGUGUUGUGAAGAGAGACAAAAUCCAGGUUGACAGUGACAUUCAAGCAACAAUUUGUAAACCAAUGCAUGCCAUUCCUUUUGGAAGCAGAACAAUCCUUUCAGGUGCAAGAACUGAUACCGCAGAACAAAGAGAAGAAGAAAAUGCACCUGUAGAAACAACUGAGGAGUUGCCAGAGCAUUCAAGUCAACAAGCAUAUAGUCAACUAGUGGAUUAUCAGGGAGCUGCAUAUCAAGAAGCUGGUAAUAAGCAGGAAGAACAGCACAAUAUAGCAGCAGUUGCUCAAAUGGAAAAAUACAUUCCAUUUGUUGAAGACAGUGUAGAUGAUCAGUAUACUCAGGAACACCUUUCCUGUGUCCCCACCAUUCAGCAAAUAGAGAAUCCAGACUUUCAAAGAGAGGAGCAGCACCCUGAUAUUUAUGAAGAUCUCGCUGAGUCAAUGGACUAUGAUGUGAUUACGCAAGAAGAACUUUUGCAAGAUGAAAUAUCAUCCCAAUUUACACAUGAGGAGCUAUUAUUUGAAGACAGGGACUCUUUUGAGCAUGCUGUUGGUAGUUAUGAAUUUGUUAAUGAGCCAGAACAAAGAACACUUGUUGAGCUUGAAGAUUCAGGUUUUGUGGUGAUGUACCCUGAAAAAUCUGCAACAAACAUUCCUCAAGUUGAGAGCCCUCAAAGAGAAAUGAAGAAAGCACAAGUAGACACAUAUUGUUACCACUGCAAAUGCCCAAUAUCUGCUAUUGACAAGCUUUUUGGGGAGCACACAGACCAUGAAGUCACAACACUAGAUGAUGCUUCAACCAAGGUGAAGAAUCAUUUAAGUGAAUUGCUGAUAGCACUGGAAGAAAAGUCAAUAAAGAUCGAGGAGUUUGUGAGUGAUAUUGAAUUGCGAUUUAACUCAGUUGAGGAAAAUUGUAAGAAAAAUGCAGACUUAUUGGAAAAGCAGAAUGAAGAGAUGCUUAAGAAAAUGGUAGCACAAUAUGAUGAGAAAUCAGAGAACUUUGAGGAAGUGAAGAAAAUGAAAAUGGAGUACCUGUAUGAGCAGAUGGUUAAUUUCCAGCAAACUGUUGAUUCAGCAAAGGAGACUUUGGAGACAACAGUUAAAGAAGUGGAUGAAGUGGAUGGAUUUGUUUUCCUAAACUCAUGUAAAGAGUUGAAUACAAGGUUACUUUCUGCAAUGGAUACUACCCUCUCUUUAGAGAAGGUACCCAGUGCUUUUUCACUGUUUGAGCACUAUGCAGACAGUCCAGGACAAAGCAACCAACAGUCCUUACAACAUGUUGCUGUCCCACAGACACCGAAUGUAGUACCCCAGGAGCCAAACUCAGCCACCAGCACCUCCAUUGCUGUCUACUGGUCUGUGAAUGAUGGGGAUGCCAUCGACUGCUUCCAGGUCUAUUGCAUGGAGGAGCUGCAAGCCAGCAAAGAUGCAGGGGCCCUAGUGGAAGAGUACAGAGUGACAGUGAAAGAGAGUCACUGCAUUUUGGAGGACCUGGAGCCAGAUCACUGCUACAGUGUGUGGGUCAUGGCCGUGAAUGGCACAGGCUGUAGCUUACCCAGUGAAAAAGCCAUUUUUAAAACAGCACCCGCUGUCCCCACCAUCAAGGCCGAGGACUGCACUGUGUGUUGGGACACAGCCACUGUCCGCUGGCGUGCCGGCUCCGUGUCAGCGGAGUCCUUCAUCCUGGAGUACUGCCGACAGCACUCGCCGGAAGGAGAAGGUCUCAGAUCUUUUGCUGGUAUAAAGAAACCUGAACUGAAAGUACCCCUGGAGCCCAAUGUGAACUAUUUCUUCUACUUGAGGGCUGUCAACUCAUUUGGGACAAGUGAACAAAGUGAAGCAGCUCUCAUCUCAACUAAAGGAACUCGAUUUCGCCUCCUGAGUGACACAGCCCAUCCCGCUUUGCAGAUCUCCUCCAAUGCAACGGUGAUCCACCUUCCUGAGAAAACUAAACUCACUGGGUUUCCUUCAGUCCUGGGUGAACUGCUGCCUGCUCAAGGAUGUCAUUACUGGGAAAUUGUUGUCUCUGCCUGCAGAAGCUACAGGAUUGGGAUUUGCUAUGAGUCAAUAACAGAGAGCGGUGUCCUGGGGCUGAGUGAUACCUCCUGGUGCAUGCGGUGCUGUCCUACACAAACCAGCUUUCUUUACAGAUUUCUUCACACUGGUGUAAUGAGUGAUGUCCAUGUGACAGAACACCUGGCCAAGAUUGGCAUCCUGUUGGAUUACAGCAGUGGGAGACUGUUGUUCUUCAAUGCAGAGAGAGGACUUGUGCUGUUCGGCAUGAGGCACAAAUUCACCAAUGCUGCUCACCCAGCCUUCGCCCUGGAGAAGGCAGGAGUGCUUACCCUGUGCACAGGAAUGGAGCUGCCAGAGUUCGUGAAGCACAGCUGAUAUUCUUCUUCACACUUUCUGUAAAAUUGACAAUUAUAGCAUCAGAGGAUAGAGAGGGGAAGAGGGGUGUCAGGAAGGGAUGUCUAGUCUUCACUGAUGAACACUGUGUGCAUGGCUCUCCUUCAUGUCAUCAGUAAUUGUAGCUAAUGCUCAGACAUGUAAUCACCCAGAGCCUGGAAAGAAAAUCAACUUCUUCAGAUGGAGAUGCACCCAGUGAUACACACAGCAGUACUUCUAAGGGGAUAAAGAAGUUUUGUUAGAUAUGAUAGUGUUAGCUGUCUUUUUAAAGUUAAUUAUGAACCUGUGUAUGAAAUAAAUGCAUUUCUCACUGCAA